AUGGCCGCACCCACGACCGUCCCGCCGUCCCUCCAGGAGGCUGCGCGCAACUCCACGCUCGUCUGGCAAGACGACUUCAGGUCGCUCUUCGAUCACGCCAAAGACCGCUUUCCGGAUGUCGUCUGGGAGCUCAUAAACGAUCAGGAUGCGAACGCAAAGGACGUCGAGGAGGUCUGGGGCCAUAAAGCCGUCGUGUAUGCUCGCGCACCACCUAGUUUUCAAGCACGCUAUUUCUCGUUCAAGCCUCCUCCGGCAACUUCUCCCCUUCCCUAUUCCUCUUCACCGACUGGUACGCUACCUGCCCAGUCCGCCCUCUCGCUAACACUUGGCGUCGAUUAUCACUCGAUCUCUCGCUCUCCUUCACCAUUCCGAGCCGCUUCGCCGUCGCCUUCCAUAAACACGGGUGCUGUUCUUCGUUUACCGAUUCCGACUAACCCGACGCUUUUCUCAAAUGAACUGGAAUACCUCUACACUGGCAAAGGUUUCGGCGAGGCGUUCGAAUUCCUUUUCGACUCUUCGGAGAGUCGAGAGGAAGGCGACGCGGAGGAAGCCAGGAUAGACAAACUUCGUAAGGACCUCGUCUUCAUGUGGCGCUCUCGCCUGUACUCGGACGUUCGGAUCGCAUUGACUGGCAAUUUCUCUUCCACGAACCACGAAAGUGCUACGGCCAUCUUCUCCUCACAUCGCUUCAUUCUGGUCUCCCGUGCGCCUUACUUCGAAACGCAGCUUGUGACUUGGGGAAUCACUCAGAAGCCCGGGGAGCCUCUGACAGUGACCCUUCCUUCUCCUCCAUUCACUCCUGCAUCCCUUCAUUUCACUCUCGGUUUCAUCUACACAGGGACUCUUGCCUUUUCCAAUCGCACAUUCGACCUCGAAACCGCUUUCCAUAUCAUGCGCUCGGCCGCAUACCUUUCGCUGGAUACGCUGUACAACGAGAUCCAGGCGCGCAUCGUCCAGGAGAUGAUGCACGGGCUCUUUCACGCGUUCCUGGAGUUCUCCGAGUACGAGGCCGCAACGGGAGGGAAAUGGGGCACGGGUGGUUGCAAAUGUCGGCAGUGCGCACGUCGUGCGCCGCGCGUGCUCGAGUUUGCGCUCAUGGAGGACGUCAAGAACCCCCACCUCGAGCGCGGGGCGCGUCGUGCGCUCGUCGGGCUCUUUGGCGAGGGUUGGUGCACGGCCGAGUUCGCUCACCUACCGCAGAAGACGCGCGACGGGCUGCUCAAGGGUCUCGCGAAACGCACAACGCCGCUGAACGUGUUCCCGCUGUUGUUCGCCGCGCAAGUUGCACUUGGGAAGAUAGGCACAGUGAUAGACACGUGGGCGGACGUAGUCAAGGACAUGGUACUCGCGGCGCGCAAGACAAUCGACGAGGUGCUGUCCACGCAAGCAGACCAGUGCUUCGAGCAAUCCGAGUGGCUUGAGAUCAUGGAAGGCGACGGAGCGCGCUUCGAGGACGGCGAACGCGUCGAGCUCAUCAUGGAUGCAGUGCGGCGAGGUAUGAGCGAGAAGAAUGCUGCGAUACUGUAUCAGACUCUCGUGUCCUCGAUUCUGUUGCGUCCUCAUGCAACCAACCCAGAGGAGGCGAUGCUCUCGUCCACAUCUCAAGUGCGCGUGCUGGUUGAGCAAACUCGAAUGGACGUCCUACGCUGGCUCCGCAGGAGGUGGAUGAAUGUGAAGCAGGAGGGUGGGUUUGAUAAUUUGGAAGGCUGGGCAGUCAAGGAAAUCAGCGGUGGUAUGUUUGUUCUUUCCGUAUACUUCGCUCUCGCAUCUACCGUCAAGGGCUCCUUGAAACGCAAGAGCUCGUCGGACACGAUAACAGCGCCUACGUCACUAUCGAAAGCUGGCGCUCCGCGUGGUGCCACAUUGGAAAUCGGGAUACCAUGUAUCAUCUCGUCGAAGAAGGCGCGAUUCCGCGCAUAUGCGCGCUACAUCGGCGAGGUCGAAGGCGAGUCGGGGCCGUGGGUUGGCGUCGAGGUGCCCGUGAGUGACGCCUGGCCAGGGGACAAGCUUGACGGCCGGCAGUGGAACGACGGUAGCUGGGGAGGCAUCCGUUACUUCGACAUCGGCAAUCCAUCCGAGUGGGAGUACGGCGACGAUCGGUCGGCGAGGCGAAGGCGGAUCGACUGGGUCAACAAUCUGAGCAGGGAUCCCAAGAACUCGCUCAAGAGAGAGGGCGACCAGCUGAGCAUCGAACGGGCAAAGCGCUUGCGCAGUGUGUCACCCGCGGUAUCAGACAUGUCCAACUCCGAGUCGAGAGGCUUGUUUGUGAGGCCACAACAGGUGCUCUAUGUAGUUGAUGCCGUGGGAUCGGACCUGUAA